AUUCUUUUUAUUAAACUAAUUGUCUCAAUUGAUGCCGGCCGCUUGCCAGAGCUAGCUACCCGCCGCCGCCGCAAAGGCGCGCAGCCGCUCAUUAUACCGCCGUCGCUCAUUUUACCCAUUAUUAAUAAUAAUAAAAAAUAAUAGAUAAUUUCGUCAUUCCUUACAUACUGUGUGUGUUGUGCAUACUGCUGCACUGACGCACCUACGUCAGACUACCUAUGCGCCGCAUAACGGCGCUUACGCUGACCCUCGGGGUGGUAGGGUCGCGCGUCGCAGCCGAUGACGGCGCCGUCUGGGCAACGCCGCACGACAGCUACUCCUCGUCGAUCGGCGUGCUCGGGUGCAAGGUGAACACGAACCGGAUCGCGUACUGGCCCGGUUCGGUCGACUGCACCAACAUCUGCGUGUCGCUCUCGUACGGCGGGCGGACGGUCCACCUGCUGCGCGUGGACCAGUCGCAGGGCGCCCACGACGUCAGCUACGACGCCUGGAACUACCUGUACACCGGGUACUCGGCAACGGAAAAACCGACGGCGGGGGGUGCCGUGGCGAUGGAAUUCGCAGACGUCGACGCGUCCCAGUGCGCGGACCUGAUCCACACCGACGACGGCAAGCUCCCGCUUAGCGCGGCCAACAGCAUGAACUUCCUCGCUAGCUGCCUCGCCCAACCCGACAGCUGGGUCGCGAAGAACUACGUCCUAUACAACAUCCUCGACUCCACCUGCUUCUGGGGCCACGACGAGGUCUGCAACCUAGACUGGCCCGCCGCGAACCAGGCCAGCUGCCCUAGCGCCCUGGGCGACCCGGCGACUUUGACGUCCGCGCCCGUGUACAAUAUCAGGUACCCCUCUGGCCAGACUGUGGUGGCGUCUUCGGGAGUUGUUGUUCCCGCGCAGGACGACGCUAAGAAUGAGAGUGCCGGGUGGCUUGGGAAACAGCCUGGUUUGGUUGGGUUGGUUCUGGCGAUGACGUUUUCGGUCGCGAGCGCGAAUAUACAUUUUUGAUGGUGGUGGUCAUGUGAUUCGACCUAGCCUAUGGGACUAUGGACGGAUGCGUGCUUCUGUGCAGAUUGGUGGCUGGUUGCUGUGGGGGAUGGGGGAUACCUGUAUUCCAUGGUUUUGUUGUUACGAUUGGAACAUCGGGUGCUUGGAGAGAGGGGAGUUGGAGUUGGUCCUGCAUCGCAUCGAAUGUGUAUUACAAAGAGAUACCCUGUUGAUUUAUGGCGACCACUUACAUAUAAUGCGUUCUACUAAUAUGGUACGCAUAGUAUAUUUCACAUAUACUUCACAUAUACUUCCAACCUUUCAUCUACCUUGGUACCUAGUCUUCAAGCAUAGGUAGGUAGGUACAUACUUGAUAUUCCUGUCAUGUUAGAGAGGGAAUGAUCGACCGUGGGGGAACUCCGAAGCUCUAAGUUGUGGAUGUAGAUUAUAUAAUCUGGAUUUUAAGUCAA